AUGGAUAGUAACAUCCUGAAUAAUUCCUCGGAAUUUGCCCUUGUCGAGAAGCGCAUCCGAGCCCUCACGACAAUUUUGGCAAAGAUGGGCCAUCGUCAGGAGCCGUCGUUUGAUCUUCAACAAGUUCCUUCCCUCUUGCGCCAUUUUGUUAAUCUCCUCACCCCGGGUGACGUUUUCAGUCCUGAAGUAAAGAAAGCCAUAGCGGCCACGGGUGCCAUCGUCCAUGAUGGGGUUAACGAGAGGUUUCAGACAUUAAUGGUCACCCAGAAUUUAUAUCCCCGUUCCUCCCUAACCGAGUCAAAGUUGGAAGAAGUAACCAAAUCUCGAAAUCGGUUCAAGAAAUCGUGA